UUUCAGUAGCUGAACAAGGACCGGAGCAAAAACAACGGGAGCGACAUUUAAGAGUUUCUCACAAACCUACUAAAAGGGAUUUCCUCAUCAGAAGUUUACAUUCCCCCCUAGUAGAGUUUGUCUGGAUCUUCCUACUUUCUUUUGAGAACGAUGAUGUUCACCGCUUUCAACACGGAGUGCGACUCUUCCUCCCGCUGCAGCACAGCUUCACCUUCUGCUGACAAUCUGGGAUAUCAUCCCUCACCGGCAGGAUCUUAUUCCAGCAUGGGAUCUCCCCAGUCUCAGGAUUUCACUGACUUGACAGGAUCAAGUGCCUCCUUCAUCCCUACUGUCACAGCCAUCUCAACAAGCCCUGAUCUGCAGUGGAUGGUUCAGCCUCUGAUCUCCUCAGUGGCCCCCUCACACCGAGCUCACCCUUACAGCUCCAGCCCCAGCCCAGCCUACACUAGACCAUCCAUGAGGUCUGCAGCAUCCAAGGCUCACAGUUCUACCAAAAGAGGCAGAAUUGAACAGAUUUCACCUGAAGAGGAGGAGAAGAGAAGAAUUCGCAGGGAGAGAAACAAGCAGGCAGCUGCAAAAUGCCGUAACAGGAGGCGAGAGCUUACUGACACACUCCAAGCUGAAACUGAUCAGCUGGAAGAUGAGAAGUCCAGUUUGCAGAAUGAUAUUGCCAACCUUUUGAAGGAGAAGGAGAGGCUGGAGUUUAUUCUAGCUGCCCACCAACCCAUCUGCAAAAUCCCCACAGAGCUGGACAUGGACUUCCCUGUGAGCACCAUUUCUCCAACCCACUCUUGCCUGUCCACAGAGGUGUCCCCUCAGCCACAGAGCACCGUCACAGAGGCAUGCGCCAUCACCUGCACCCAGCCAACCUUCACCUCUGCCUCCAACUCUAUCUUCUCCAGCAGCAGCAGCAGCAACACCGUCCACUCCACCGCCACCAUCCCCAACAACACAGUCAAGAUGACAGACCUGGAUGUUUCCGUCUUAGAGGAGUCUCUGGAUCUGCUGGCGAAGACAGAGAUGGAGACUGCACGGUCAGUGCCAGAGGUUGACCUGUCCAGCUCCCUUUAUACAACUCAGGACUGGGAGCCCCUUCACGCCUCAACCAAUAACAGUGACUUUGAACCACUGUGCACUCCCGUAGUGACCUGCACCCCAGCCGGCACCACCUACACAUCUUCAUUUGUAUUUACCUUUCCAGAGGCAGAGACCUUCACCUGUGGCAUCGCCCACAGGAGAGGAAGCAACAGCAACGACCAGUCCUCUGACUCUCUCAGCUCACCAACCCUGCUGGCCCUUUAAAGACACUUCCAAAAACAAUAACACUUUCUAUCAAGCAUCUUUUCUUGAUGAGAGAGAUGUGCAGAUCACAGGGCUAUGGAAUUGACUUGUAUCAGUUAGCAAAUUAUUUUUAUUUGCCAUUAUCUAUACUUGCCUAUUACACCGAUGUAGCAAGUUAUAGCAUGUUUCAACUAAUACCAUCUAGUCGUUUUAGUUCAAUAUGAUUUUAUGGUGCUAGAUAACAAAUGUUGUUGUAGUAUUGAUGUGUGUUCAGAGCAAUAUUAUUAUUAUUAUAAUUAUUAUUAUUAUUGAUCCAGUUUGUUUUCUGGUUGAUGAAAUGUGAGAAUAAUUGUGAACCGUUUACUUAAAAACUGAUGUACUUUGUCUUAACCAUGGUCUGAGUGGUCUAUCUUACAUGAAGUUUUCUGUGAAAACAUUAGUGGUAUUAAUUUAUGAAAUUUCAAUUUAUUUUUUUACAAAGAGUAAAAAGAUGGAUGUUGUUUGCAAGAUAUGUAAAUAAAACAUAGUGAUAUUUCAAUUCA